AUAAGCAUCAACCUUACCUCGCUCCGCACCACUUGAUCUCCAGACGGCGACGAGUGUGCGUGUGCGUCACUCGCGUUUGGAACACGAACCCGCUAUAACGACUCCGGCGCAAAGUUGUGAUGUUCGGACUGCUGUAACUCUAGUGACUUUGUGAUUUGUUUUCGAACUUUGUCGUUGAACGUUUAUUCAUUAGUUUGUGUAUUGUGACUGCUGUGCAAGAUGCUUGUGGAGGAUUCGCAGAGCCGCGCUAUGUUAACGAAGAAGUAUGCGCACUGUCCGCUGAAGAAGCGACCGGUGCUGGUCCGGGAGGAGCGGCCGGCGACGCCGCCCACCACGCCGCCUCACCCCGCCCACCUCGCCACGCGACUUUAUUACGAUUAUAACUGUGACACAGACAAUGAUGAGCCACAAAAUUUAAGUACUAAACCAGAAGAUCUAUCUAAGACUGGUAAUUAUCCCAGCAAAGCAUCGUCACCGAUAUCGGCCGCGGUUGUGAAAUCGGAACCCCAGGACUGGUCGCACCAACCCCUCGAGUACUUGGCAGCAUGCCGCGCCCGGCUGGAACCCGUGCCCACGGAACUCGCACGUCCCACUCCUCAAUACGCGUACUUGCCAACACUCUACGCACCCUACCCCAUGGAGGAGCUGUACCCGGCAGCACCCGUGCUGUCCACUCCCACGCAUCCGCAGCUAUACGCGCGCUACUCACCCGCGUCGCCACCGAGCUCCGUAUCGCCACCUCCUUGCCCUGAAGACUUACGAUCACCCGGCUCCGUUUCGUCAGACUCCGGAGUAUCAGUGUCCGCCCCGCGUCGCCCGCGUUAUCAGUGCCCCGAUUGUGCCAAGUCAUAUUCCACUUACUCGGGCCUCUCAAAACAUCAGCAAUACCACUGUGCAGCUGCAGAAGGUAGCCUCGCGAGGAAAUCGUUCAGUUGUAAAUACUGCGCGAAAGUGUAUACGUCGUUGGGUGCGCUGAAGAUGCACAUCCGCACGCACACGCUGCCAUGCAAGUGCCACUUGUGCGGGAAAGCGUUCUCGAGGCCGUGGCUGCUGCAGGGACACAUCAGGACGCACACCGGAGAAAAGCCAUUUUCUUGCCACCACUGUCGCCGCGCGUUCGCUGAUAGGUCGAACUUGCGCGCGCAUCUUCAAACCCAUUCUGAUGUGAAGAAGUAUUCAUGCUCGGGGUGCGGGAAGACGUUCUCGCGCAUGUCGCUGUUGAGCAAGCAUCUGGAGGGCGGGUGCGGCGCGGGCGGCAGCUCCGCGUACGAGUUCCGCGGAGAGCACGCACCUCACCACGCUCUCCCCGCCCUCCCCACUGCGCCCGUGCACGCCUAUUGAAAGACUGAGCUCCUGCAGGAUCCUCGAUCUCGAAUUUAGUUGUAUGUUACUAACACUCGCAGUUUCACGAAGGUAACAUUACAGUCGUUAUAUUAAAUUAUUCUUGUAUAGUUGUUGUAAGUCGGUUUGUGUGUAUACAUAGUAUUUGUAUAAUUAAGCGUGUGUGUAGUGUAAGGUUCGGUGUAAAUGCAGACUGUAAUUGUCCUCUAGUGUAAGCUACCUUAGGUUAUUCCGGUCGCGCUCCUGCGACUGCACUAGUCAUAUGGCAUUUGCCGAGUGUCAUACACUUAUUAAAAACUAUAUUCUUAUCCUAAGCCAUGUACAAAGUGCCUUAUAUAUAAAUGAGUAAUAUAUACAUUGAAGAAAUUAUAGCAGUAUGUCUUAAGACGAUAUUUUUUAUAAAAUAUUAAUACAAACAAUGAGGCUAUUGUUAAGCUGAUUGCUAAAUAGCGUUCCUUUCUGUUACCUCUAAACGCAGAAAAUAAAACAUUUAAGAAACUUUAA